ACACAAAGGGGUGAAAUGAAAAAAGGGAAAAAACACAGAAUGAGAUGACAGAAGACUGCUGAAAUUAAUGAGACAUUAAAUGUGUUUGAUAUGUUUUGUGGUUUAAAACACAACAGCGGCAUGACAUUUAACUGGACCUUCCACAAACAGUAAUACACCCAUCACUUCACAUUUGAAGAAACAGCUCGUUAUUAACUCAACCUUAAAAAUCUGUUAAAUGGUUUUGAAGGUGUGUUUAUUAAAACAUAUAAUAAUAAUAAUAAUAUAUUUUUUUUAGUGGUGGGCAUAGAUUAAUUUUUUUAAUCUAGAUUAAAAUGGCUCAUUUGAAUUCUGCCGAAGGCAUUCAGAAUGUGUGCUACCCAAAUAAUGACUAAAAGUAAGUCUUUGAGAACGGGUGUCUAAAGCCAGGUGGCGCAUUAGACCAGGGGCUCAUCUCCUGUUUCCAAAAUGCAUCACAAACUGCUUGAGAAAGCUGUUCUACUAUGAUAAUUGGUGAUGAAAAUUAAAUUAUGUUCAAUAAAAUGAACUUGUGACUCCUGAGAUAGGCGCAGGCUCCCCGUGACCCGAGGUAGUUCGGAUAAGCGGUAGAAAAUGGAUGGAUGGAAAAUGAACUUGUGUUUACUUCCGCAUUAGCUAAGGGAUUCUUUGCGUUUAGGUGGUACUUGAGACUGGAAGAGCUCCUACAGUACAUUUACAUUUAGUCAUUUAGCAGACGCUUUUAUCCAAAGCGACUUACAAAGAGUGAGGGAGCAACAAGCAAUAUGUCAUACAGGAGCCAUAAUACAUUAGAUCUCAAUACAAAGUUACUGAUUUUAACUAAAGCUAGACCACUACCUGUUGAGAGAAAGUGUUUUUUUUAAACCAAUUCCGCAUUGCACAAGGUGCAAACAACCUUAGUCUUGUCGAUGUUUCUAUUGGGAAGCUUCUUAAAAAUUAAUGUUCCCUGAAGCAAACCCGGCGGCUUCAUAGCUGCAUCCAUGUUAGCACGUCACGUUUGAUGCGGUAAUUUCACAGUAACGUUAUGUUGUGUUCAGACCAAACGCGAAUGGCGUGUCAAGCGCGAGUGAUUUAUAUGUUAAUGCAAAGAGCCAAUAGACCUACUUGCUGCGCGAAUCGCGCGAAUGAAGCCCUGCUUAUGAGAUGAUGAGGCGGCUUCUGCUUCCGCUUCCGCGAAUGACGCGAAUCACGCGAGUUUAAAAAUCUCGUUCUCGCUCCGUACAGUGCAGUUAAGCUGGUAUACAUCCGCGCUAAAAUAUCAAGGUGAAAGACAUCAUAGCUUGCGUAGUAUAGACUAGGGCUGCACGAUAUAUCGAAAAAUUAUCGUUCUCGCGAUAAUAGUAUAUGCGAUAUACGUAUCGCAGAGAGUUGCGAUAAGUGUAAUUUAUUGUGCCAAGCAUCUGUGUGUUGCAUGCGUAGGUUGUCCAAAUUUGACCAAUCAGAUGGGGCUUGCCGCUUUACUAUCUUUAUACCCGCCUCCAAGUAGUUAAGGUGCUAUAUGCUAUUGGCUAGAGGGUCGAAAGGUGAACCUAGCGGCUCAGAGCAUAGAGUGGAAAAUAAAUAUGGCAGGAGUAAGGUUAGAUACAAGCGAGGAAAAUGACAUCAGCGAAGAACUUGUGCCUAAAAAGAAAUGCACGUCUGAAAUAUGGCAGUAUUUUGGCUUCAAGAGAGAAGACGUGUCACAAAUGCAGGUACUGUGUAAGUCGUGCCGAAAAACUGUGGUUACGUCGAGAGGAAAUACAACUAAUCUCCACAGUCAUCUGGAACACAACCACAGGGAGCUAUUUGAAGACUUUCGAAAGUGUAAGGCAAUAUCCACCAAAACUGCUAACGAAAAGCCAAGUAACAAUAAGGGAGCCGUACAGACAACCAUCGAUCAAAGUUUUACAAAUUCAACGUCUUACGGGAAAACGUCGAAACGCCACAAGGAAUUAACGGAUGCUGUCACACGCUUUUUAGCUAAAGACAUGAUGCCUGUUAACACUGUGAGCAAAGAAGGCUUUGUGGGUCUAAUUAACAAAUUAGACCGAAGAUAUCAGCUGCCAUCGAGAAAUUAUUUUUCUCAUGUCGCAAUUCCACAGAUUUACGACACCUGUGUGAAGACAGUGAGCUCCGAGCUGCGCCAAUUGGAUUUCUACGCUAGCACCACUGACCUGUGGUCCAGUCGUACCACUGAGCCCUACAUGAGCUACACCGUUCACUUUCUUACUCAAGACUUUGAAUUAAAAACACGCUGUCUGGGUGUUGUGUAUUUCCCCGAAUCCCACACCAGUGAAAACAUAGCCCAUGGGCUGCGGGAUGUUUUAGCCAGCUGGAACUUAAAAGAGGAAAAUCAAGUGUCCAUUACAACCGACAACGGCGCUAAUGUGGUGAAAGCUACCGAACUUAAUAAUUGGGUCAGACUACAAUGCUUUGGACACCGCUUGCAUCUGGCCAUCGGUGAGUGUUUAUAUUUGCAAUAAUAAAAUUAAAACGGAAAAAAACGGUAGUUGUUUGUAUAGUUAGUAAAGUGUCCCAGGGAACACACAUACUGACAUUUUUUUUUAACCUGAAUGCAAUGUAAGUCGCUUUGGAUAAAAGCGUCUGCUAAAUGCAUAAAUAUAAAUAUAGUUGCAUGUAGACUAGACAUGAUUUUUAGAUUAGAGGAAUAUCUAUUACCUGUUUAUUUUAGUAUGAUUAUUACUUAUAUAAAUUAUAAACAAAAUAGCAUUUCUCUGGGGGAAUGUUAUAUCGCAAGAAAUAUCGUUAUCGCAAUAUUCAAAAACGUUAUCGCAUAUCGCAUAUUUUCCCAAUAUCGUGCAGCCCUAGUAUAGACCCAGCUCCCAACCCAACUUUGAGAAUAGAUUAACGGCGACAAUUUUUUUAACGCGCGAUAAUAGUCUCACUGCGUUAACGCCGUUAACGCCGUUAACGGCCCACCACUAAUUUUUUUACAUAAUAUACAUCAUUUUAGUUUGCUGCAUGGUGAAAGAGAAAUAGAUGCAGAUGCAUUCAAGUGUAAAUGCCCUCCAAAACCAUUUCAAGUCAGAUUAAAAUCUGAACAUACAAACCACUUGACAAAACUGGACAAUUCGUCGCCUAAGAAUUAUACAGUUCAAUCGAAAAGGUUUGUCAAAACUCAGCUUUUCGUUAUUUUAAAACAUUUUUUUUUUAAGGAAACUAAAUCACUUUAUAAUCUGGUUCUAAGAGCCAAUCAGCACUUUGACCACACACAAGAGGACACAAACAGGAUCAGCUGUGACAGUGGGAAACAUUUCAACCCAAAUGUUUAAAAGAAAACCUCAAGAUCAAUAUUUUGUUGAGGAUUACAUUUUUCGUAAA